AACGAAGUCACGUUGAAAGAUGUUAAUAUAUAUGGGCCUAUGGUAUUGGCUAGUAGCGCUAGUUGUUCUUCAAUCUGAUGCUAGAUAUACGGAAAAGAUACUCGGCAAACUUUCCGGACAACAAGUUGCAAAUGAGAUUGUAGAUCGUGUAAAAAGAUAUAAUAUCGACUACACAGAUUAUUAUGUCGACCAUCAACAAGGACAUAACCAAGAUGAACCUUAUGAAGUCGUUGAAAUAGGACUACCUGGACCACCUGGACCACCUGGACCAGAAGGACCUUCUGGGCCAGCAGGACCCAAAGGACCACUUGGAAAUUCUGGUCCAAAAGGCAUGACUGGGGAAACAGGACCUCCUGGAUCUCAAGGAUUAGCUGGAAAUCCCGGUCCUAGAGGUUUAAUGGGAUUUUCAGGACCAACUGGACAUUCUGGACCAUCUGGACCUAUUGGAUUACCUGGACCAAUGGGAAAUAUUGGGCAUCCUGGUGUACCUGGACCUCCAGGUGCAGCUGGAUCUGUUGGACCAACUGGACCAAAAGGAAUGAAUGGACAAACAGGACCUUCUGGACCAGCAGGACCCAAAGGACCACUUGGAAAUUCUGGUCCAAAAGGCAUGACUGGGGAAACAGGACCUCCUGGAUCUCAAGGAUUAGCUGGAAAUCCCGGUCCUAGAGGUUUAAUGGGAUUUUCAGGACCAACUGGACAUUCUGGACCAUCUGGACCUAUUGGAUUACCUGGACCAAUGGGAAAUAUUGGGCAUCCUGGUGUACCUGGACCUCCAGGUGCAGCUGGAUCUGUUGGACCAACUGGACCAAAAGGAAUGAAUGGACAAACAGGACCUUCUGGGCCAACAGGACCUCAAGGACAACGUGGAAAUUCUGGUCCCAAGGGCAUGACUGGGGACACAGGACCUUCUGGGCCGCCUGGACUUGUUGGACCUGCUGGUCCUAGCGGUCCGUCAGGGCCUAAAGGAAUGCGAGGUAAGCAAGGUGAUACUGGAUCUACUGGAUCUUCUGGACUAAAUGGUCCUCCUGGACCAACUGGAACAUCUGGUCCGACCGGACCAAGUGGACCUUCAGGACCUUCGGGACCACCUGGGCCAACUGGGCUAUCUGGACCAUCUGGUCCGAGUGGACCAUCUGGACUAAAAGGAGAAACGGGACCUUCUGGACCACAAGGAGAAACGGGACCUUCUGGGCCGACUGGUCCCAUAGGACCACAAGGAGAAAUUGGACGCCCUGGACCAUCCGGACCACCUGGAAGUACUGUCCCAGCCGGACCACCUGAAAGUACGGGCCCUGGAGGACCACCUGGAAGUAAUUCCCCUGGAGGACCACCUGGAAGUAGUUCCCCUGGAGGACCACCUGGAAGUAGUUCCCCUGGAGGACCACCUGGAAAUACUGGCCCUGCAGGACCACCUGGAAGUACACCACCUGGAGGACCACCUGGAAAUACUGGCCCUGGAGGACCACCUGGAAGUAGACCACCUGGAAGUAAUUCCCCUGCAGGACCACCUGGAAGUACUGGCCCUGGAGGACCACCUGGAAGUAAUUCCCCUGGAGGAACACCUGGAAGUAGUUCCCCUGGAGGACCACCUGGAAGACCACCUGGAAGUACUGGCCCUGCAGGACCACCAGGAAGUAGCUCCCCUGGAGGACCACCUGGCAAUACUGGCCCUGCAGGACCACCUGGAAGACCACCUGGAAGUACUGGCCCUGGAGAACCACCUGGAAGUAAUUCCCCUGGAGGACCACCUGGAAAUACUGGCCCUGCAGGACCACCUGGAAGACCACCAGGAAGUAGCUCCCCUGGAGGACCACCUGGCAAUACUGGCCCUGCAGGACCACCUGGAAGACCACCUGGAAGUAAUUCCCCUGGAGGAACACCUGGAAGUAGUUCCCCUGGAGGACCACCUGGAAGACCACCUGGAAGUACUGGCCCUGCAGGACCACCAGGAAGUAGCUCCCCUGGAGGACCACCUGGCAAUACUGGCCCUGGAGGACCACCUGGAAGUACUGGCCCUGGAGGACCACCUGGAAGUACUGGAUCUGGAGGACCAGACCACCUGGAAGUACUGGGACCACCUGGAAGUACUGGCCCUGCAGGACCACCAGGAAGUAGCUCCCCUGGAGAACCACCUGGCAAUACUGGCCCUGCAGGACCACCUGGAAGUACUGGCCCUGGAGGACCACCUGGAAGUACUGGCCCUGGAGGACCACCUGGAAGUAGUUCCCCUGGAGGACCACCUGGAAAUACUGGCCCUGCAGGAUCA